AUGCUUAUUCCAAAGGAAGACCGUAAGAAGAUCCACCAAUACCUCUUCCAAGAAGGUGUCGUUGUUGCCAAGAAGGACUUCAACCAGCCAAAGCACGAAGAAAUUGACACUAGAAACUUGUUUGUCAUCAAGGCUUUGCAAUCUUUGACUUCCAAGGGUUUCGUCAAGACUCAGUUCUCGUGGCAAUACUACUACUACACCUUGACCGACGAAGGUAUUGAGCACUUGAGAGAGGACUUGAACAUCCCAGAAGGUAUCUUGCCAGUUACCAGAUUGCAAAAGGCUGCUCCAGAAAGACAACAGAACCGUGGUCCAAGAAGAGCCGGUGCUCCACAGGGUGAGGGUUACAGAAGAAGAGCUCCACGUGACUAAAUUAUUUCAAUUUAGCAUGCUGUUUAUUCUCUUAUGUUUAUAAUAUUGUUAUAAUUACUCCUUUUUCUAUCCAACACUAAAGAUAUUUAAAAUACU